UGCGUACAUUAUCCGGAAGUUCCUAAAGAAAAUGGCGAUGGUUUUCGGAAAUCAUGUGAAGUAGAUAAAAACCUUAGGUUACAAGGAUAAAUGAAAAAGAUGAAGAAAAUAUAGUUGCAGGAUUGCAUGUUUUCGCGUAGUAGAAUAUAGAAUCUAAUUUGAUUCUGAAUGGACCGAGGGUUUUAGGCGUUAUCCCUAUUCAUCAAAAUGUGACAUCGUAAAUUCACUUUGCCCUUGAAAAGUUGUAGAAUAUAUUUAUUGUUAUUAUCAAACGUUCUUCAUCAUUCAUCAUGGGAUCAAGAAGAGACGUGAGAAUAUUACUCGUGGGAGAUGCUGGGGUUGGCAAAACAUCCUUGAUAUUGUCACUUGUAAGUGAAGAGUUUGCUGAAGAUGUACCAUCCCGGGCAGAGGAGAUCACCAUCCCAGCUGAUGUAACACCAGAACACGUACCUACGCACAUCGUAGACUACUCAGCUCAAGAACAAGAUGAAAAUGUGCUUCAAGAAGAAAUUCUUAAGGCGAGUGUCAUCUGUGUGGUGUAUUCUGUCACAGACGAGGAUUCCAUUCAGAGGUUGACCAUGUUCUGGCUGCCGUUACUGCGUGCAAGUCUGGGGGAUGAGCACCGAACCCCAGUCAUUCUUGUGGGGAACAAAGUUGACCUAGCAGACUUUCCAUCUCUAGAGACAAUUCUUCCCAUCAUGAACGACUUUGCAGAAGUGGAAACAUGUGUUGAAUGUUCUGCACGGACUUUGAAAAACAUCAGCGAAGUGUUCUACUAUGCCCAGAAGGCAGUCCUACAUCCCACAGCCCCUGUAUAUAACCCUGAAGAGAAAGAGUUGACGCCUGGUUGCAGGAAGGCUUUAACAAGAAUUUUCAGAAUUUGUGAUUUGGACAAUGAUAACAACCUGAAUGAUCAAGAAGUGAACGCCUUUCAGCAAAAAUGUUUCAAUGCACCUUUACACCCGCAAGCAUUAGAGGAUGUGAAGGCUAUCGUCAGUCGGCACACCAGCGAGGGCAUUUGUGAUGAUGGCAUUUCACUAAAAGGGUUUUUGUUUCUGCAUACACUAUUCAUACAGAAGGGAAGACAUGAAACGACAUGGACGGUGCUACGCAAGUUUGGAUAUGACGACAACCUGCAGUUAACGAAAGACUUCAUUGCGCCUAGGUUGCAAGUGGGACCAGGAAGUACAACUGAGCUGACACACCAAGGAUAUUCUUUUCUCACGAACCUCUUUGACAAGUAUGAUGAGGAUUGUGAUGGCUGCCUGAACCCAACCGAGCUGCAGAAUCUGUUCAGCACCUGCCCCAUCAUGCCGUGGGGGCCCGACGUCAACAACACCGUGUGCACCAACAGUGAGGGCUGGAUCGCCCUGCAGGGAUACCUCGCACAGUGGACAUUAACAACAUUACUAGAUGUUCCAAGGACUUUAGAAUAUCUUGGACACCUUGGCUACCAUUACCACCAUGAAACUCAGCUAUCAGCUAUACAAGUGACACGAGACAAGAAGAUCGACUUAGAAAAGAGACAAACAACAAGAAAUGUAUUUCGAUGUCAUGUAUUGGGUUCCAAGAAUGUUGGGAAGACGUCAUUACUGCAAGGGCUGUUGAGUCGGAACCUGAGGUAUGUGGCCACUCUGAACAAACACUUGCUGUCCAGCUUCACCAUGAACACAGUGCAGGUGUACGGACAAGAGAAGUACCUCAUGCUCCAUGAAGUAGAUGUUGCCAUGUGUGAGAUGUUGACGCCGACGGAGCUAGACUGUGAUGUGGCAUGUCUCGUGUAUGAUGUCACCAAUCCACGGUCGUUUGAAUUCUGUGCUAGAAUGUACUUGAAACAUUUCAUCGACAGUAAGAUCCCCACCCUGAUAGUGGCGUGUAAGGCUGAGCAUCCUGAGGUUCGCCAGGACUAUGAGUUCACCCCAGCCCAGUUCUGUAGCCGCUACAAGUUACCUCCACCUCAAUAUUUCACCUGCAUCGACAAAGUCAACUGGGAUGUUUAUGUCAAACUUGCAACUAUGGCUGCAUAUCCCAAUCUGAAACGUCUAGUACACAUGCUGUUGGUCCAUCAGAAGUCUCUCUGGCUGGAGGAGAAGUUCAGACACCUGAAGGGCCUCUACACUGACGAGAACAAGGUGUACAUCAGGCUAGGGAUUGGCCUUGUAGCACUCACUGGUAUGGGAUUUGCCAUGUAUAAAAUACUCAGAGCAUUAAGAUGAGGACUCUUGUUACUAGGAUUUUAGCACAAAUAUACCGUGUGAUCAAGAGAAAAUGGACUCUCAAGCAUUGUUGAAGUGAAGACCUGCCGUAUCAAAGAUUACCUGCACAACCCUCCAAGUUUUCUUGUUUAGGUUUCAAGCUUUUCUUCUCGGUACAGAAACUGUUGAUGACUUCACAGUAUUUGUUUGAUUUCGUGUCAAGUAUUUAUCAUCUAGCAAGGAAGAGCGAGGAGAGUCUUUGUUAACCUUAUGUGAUGUCGUUCUGUGUUAUCUUGACAAGAUGUGAUGUCGUUGCUAAGAUCAGGGUUUGUGAGAAGUACUACCAAUAUCGACGUCACGGUCAUGUUGAGGGUAUACCUGUAUACAUGUAACCUGCCGCCGGUGACAGGCAGGCGUCAAUGGGAUCGUGUGUUGAGGCUGAGUGUGGCAGCUGGGACGACUCAAGCCUGACAGUGGAGGUAUCGACUCCCCACCCUCACCAUGAACCUAUAGGAACUCAUCAGCAAUCAGUGUUUUUGUUAUAACUUACCAACAACUAUUGGGUAGGUUACGGUAUAUCCAGGCUCUUCUGUUACAGGGUGUACUCACACAUGAAGCUUGUACGUUCUGUGUUCCUGUGUUCGUUCCCAUGUUCCCAACAGCGGCUACACAUGCCCAAACAUUUCUGAACAAUCACACAGCUUGUUGAAUCUACAACAUACUUUUUGUGUAGUUUUAUAAUUAUUGCAACUAUUGUUGACUUGUCUUAUGUUUGCUACAUGAAUAAGUUUGUAUUUUGGUGUGUUUAGUACUUGCUUGUAUAAAUGUCUUCAAGCAAUAAUCAGUCCCAGGCAAGCUUCUACAAGUCUGUCCACUGGGGCAGAUCUAUUACUUUUAGAAGCUCCAUGUGUUUGACGAGGCCACCACCACCAAAGACCGCUCUGCGGUCAGAUUACAUACCUUGUGUAACAUUCCUUAAAAGUACCUGAUACAACAUACAAACUUGCGAAGCUACAUUCUUCUAUAAAUGGUUAUGACUAGAUACUAAAUAAUAUCUUAAGUUGCUGCAUAGGACUGACCUGAUUGAUGAUUGGGGAUGGGGAAGCGGAUUUAAAAAAGAAAAUGUUCCCAAUUAUAUUGGGAAAAAAUAAUUUGGCUAAAAAAGAUUAUUGUUCACCGGACAUGUGUUUUGGACCCAAAUCAUAGAAUCUUAGCUCCUCUUUUGAGAGAGAAAAAUAGUAAUAAAAUUAGACUCAACCAAAAGAAAACAAAAGUUUUCCAUUCAUUUUCCUACAAUGAAAAACUGUUUUGUGUGUACAAGUAUGUUUUUUGUAUCAAUAUCUGACCUCACAUGGUAUCGCAUUGAUCGAAUUGUUUCAGCCCUCUUUGUUUGUCAAUGGUCGAACAUCUUCAGGUUUUCUUCAGUGUAUGCAAUAUGUCAGGUUUUUACCUGACUUGUAUGGUGCUUACUCCAUGAACAAGAUUUAAAGAACAGGUAAUGAGACAUGUAGUCACAUGUUUUGUGAUAAUUGUAUCAGUUGGGUCAUUGUCAUCACAGGUACCACAGUAGUGUACCCCGGGUACCUUUCUGUAUGUCAACUGUACCAAGGUAUCUUACUGUAUGUUCCAAUGUAACCUAGAGAGGCAAUAUUUACGGCGUUGAAGUUUGGGUGAAAAGGUAAAUUGCACACUGCCGUAUUUUGCACACGUGAUGUGACAGCCAAGCUGGACCAGUGUCAUGAGUUGUAGUAAUACAGAGCUGUACAUGUAUAGCCAUGCUGGAUAACAUUUGUGUACACAGGAAAGUACCUAGGGUGCAUUUGUUUAUGCAGGAAGUAGGGCUGGGACGAUUCGAUACGUAUCACGAGACCUUGCUCACGAUCCGAUACAUAUCGCGAUACUUGCAUGUGCACUUAUCUGUGGUACGUCAUAGACAGGAUUGCCAAAUACCUGGCACACUAAUGAUUAACAGUUGGGAGUGUCAGGUAUGGCGCAAUGGAUGAAAAUAUUUACGUUUUCACUACUCAUUUUCACUAGUAAUCACUGGUAGUGUUUGCUGUAA